GACAGAGUAAAGAUUGACAGAAGAUGUCUUGGCAGCUGUGAGUCCUCGUAAACUAUGCAGAACAUCCGAGGAAGCUUUCCCUAAACAACAUGGAAUUUAACAAAGUGGUUGUUGGCAUAUUCUUGACCGACGAUGAGAGAUCAUACACUUGGCUGGCAGACUUCCUUUCAUCACUUCCAGAAGUAAACUCUGUGCAACCCAUUCCCAUCUCAGAGAGCAGCUUACAGAAACCUACAGAAAGAAUCUCCGAGUGUGACCUUGGCAUUUUAUACCAUUUAAAGAAAGAAGGAGAACUGAAUAUACCAGAUGUGACUGAUUCUCACUAUGAAAAGAAACUGAAAUAUUUAUGUGAGAAUAACAAGCUUGUACUGGUGGUCGAUGAUUUGGAAGGCAGCAGCCCCUCUGAGUACAGACAGAUUUUGGAGAAUCAACCUAACAUUACAAAAUGGACCAAGAAAAUCUUCGUCUUCACAAAACAGGAGAAGACAUCCAUCGAUGGUAACGCUGAAUCUCUGAUAGGUGAUUCACAGGUCAACGAUCCUGAUUAUCUGUUAAUGCAAGAAAAGCUGCAACUCAUUAAAAAUAUACUCAGAGGGAUACAUGUUGGAAAGUCACAGAGUAAUGUCACAAGCCAUAUAGACUGGAAGAGUAUACUCACCCAGGAGGACAUGGAAAGUGGUUCUCGGGAGAAUUCAAAGAAGAAUUUCUGCCAGAAAUACCGUUACUGGCUAAUGUCACUUGCCAUCUUCAUUGUCCUGUUCAUUACAAUGAUAUUGGCAGCAACAUGUGAAGACUGCAGCCCACCAAGUACCACGUUACUCACAACAUAUUUUACUGAAAAUGCCACGACUAGUACGAUAAACACAAUUACCAGCACAGGAAGUACCACCACUGUCCCAGGAAAUACAACCGUUUCUCAAGGAAACAACACAAGUAUCACAGUGAAAACAACAUCUAGACCAGGAAAUACAACUACUGUUAUAAAUACUACCUCCAGCCCUCAAAGGUUUACAGACUCUGUUCCUAUAAAAACAACAUUUGAUCCAGACAUUGCAAACACCACUGGUACUACUACCUCAGAUACAAACUCUACUUUUGAUGUAACCACAUCUUUUCAGAACUCAACUUAUUUCCCUCCAGAAGACACUCUUACUCCAGAAAGCACAACUUAUAUCCAUGGAGAAACAACAUUUACUCCUGAAAACACAAGUACAUUUCCGUUAAAUGGAACAUCUGUUUCUGGAAACACAUUAUACGUUUCUGAAAACACUAGUUUUGUCCCAUUAGAAACAACGCCUUCUCGGGGAAAUACAACAUUAGUUGGUACCGUCACAUCCUCAGAAAAUACAAGUCAUUUUCCUUCAACUUCAAACGUUACCUCAGGAAAUACAAUAAACACAAACUCUGCCACAGAUACAAAAUAUACAUUGGCAAACACAAGUCAUUUCACUUUGGAAGGAGCAUCUGUUCCUGAAAAUGCCAGUUCUUUCCCUUUAGAACAAACUUCUACUUCUGAAAUGACAGUGUUGGUUCCAGUAGAUACAACUCCAGAUUCUUAAAAUGUUAAUUUUACUUCAGGAAUUACAACAGAAACAAACUCUACUCCAGACAUGAUGUCUACUGUUAUAAACACAAACAAUUUCAC